CCUUCCCGCGGGCCGCCCCCUCCCUGCACCCCCCGGGGCGCGGCCGCCCUCCCCUCCCAACGCUGUGUUGGGGCGUGCUCGGCCUCUGCCUACUCUUCCUCCUCCUCCUGCUGCUGCCGGUGGCCGGUGAGCGCUGGAAGGUCUCCUGAUGCAGAAGACCCUUUGGAAACUGUAAAGAAGAUCGCGGAGAAAAUUAGGAAAACCACAUCCACCAACUGGAUCCCCGACUCGGACAUGUAUCAGGAUCCUGAUUUAGACUUUGGCCCCAGUUUUGGAACCCUUAUUGCCAUUGGAGUUUCUGUUUUUGCAGUGAUUGUCAUUACUAUUAUUCUGUGCCUCACCUGCUCCUGUUGCUGUCUGUACAAAGCAUGUCGAAGACCACGCCCUGUGGUGACCACUGCCACCACGACUGUGGUUCACUCUGCCUAUCCCCAGCAACCAGCAGUGCCACCCAGCUACGCAGCAGCUCCGUACCAAGGCUACCAGCCCGUGGCUGUGCAGCCCCAGCCGGGGAUGCCCGUGGCUCCCUACCCUGCCCAGUACCCUCCCCCUUACCCCACCCAGCCCGCGGGACCCCCAGCUUACCAUGAAACUGUGGCAGCUGGUGCUGGAGCUCCUUACCCCACCCAGCCCCCUUACAACCCUGCUUACAUGGAUCCUCAGAAACCCACCUAUUGAAAAGCUUCUACUGUGCUUCUGCAUACAAAACUUUUCAAAAUGUAAUUUGUUCUGUUUACACCAUGCACGUGUACUAUAUUUUUCUGGAAGACAACAAUUUUUUGUUAAAGUAGAGUGAAAAUCAGUUCAGUAUCUUUUUUUUAAUGCUCCAAGGAAGGAGUAUUUUUCUUGCAGAAGUUAAUUUAUACCUCAAGCAAAUACAAAAAGAGAUUUUGCUCUAGAUACAAUGAGAGAAGCAAGAAGAAAGAGUAUUUCAUAAAUAUACCACCACAAUACCAUUUGCUGUGCAAUAAUUUUGAGAGGAAUGGUCUAAUAUGAACAUUGUCAAGUACCCAAAGCUGUAGCAAUCUUUUGCACAGUAUUAAAAUGUAAAAUCUUAACCUCUAAGAAACUACCUGAUACAUGUUAUGUAAGUUCUGCCUGUUUUAAAGCUACUAUUGUUAGGUAAGCUACCAUUUAAUACAUUUCAUUUAUCAUUCAAAAGGGAAUUUUCCUUUUCUGCAACACAUUUACCUUUGGUAAGGGGUAGUAAACCAUGUUUAAUUGCCUUUGAGUGAGUUCUAAAUAGCAUGAGUUCCCUUGUUUUCUGUCCCAGUUUUAAGGUUUAUAAACUGUGCCUCCAUUGGGUGUUAUAGCUAGAAAUCAACAGACUCUCUGCCACCUAAAGGACCAAAUAGAUCAAAAGCUGAAACCCUGAAAAUUCUCCAUAAAAGUUACUGGAUGAGUAUUUCUUGUUAGCUAGUAUUGGACAAGCUUACUUCAGCCAUCUCUUGUUGAUGAGUUUGGAAUUAAAAUCAUCCCCUUCAUGACACAUUAACAGAGAUCUUGGCAGCAUUCAGCCCUGCCUCCCCACAGAAAAGGAAUUCUUUUACAGGAGGGAUGGGAUAUCAGCAGAAGAUUGGGGUUUUCAAAAGCUCAGGAUUUUUCCACUGUCUCUAGUGGGAACUGUAGGUGGCAGGAACCUAAGAAUUCCAGACCUUUAUAAAUCCAGUCUGCAUUGGAGUAACAGUGUGCUGGGUGGGGGGGCCACAGUGAGCAUUAAACCUCCCUUUUGUCUUCAACAUUCCAAUAAAGCUGAGCAGAGAAUGAGAAGUCAGGGAAAGGAAGGAUUUGGUCACAGGCAGGUAAUGCAUUUUUGAGAAGGUAAUGCUUUCAGUCAUGAAACAUCUUGAGACAUCCUCAUGACUGUUAACACUGCUGGGGCUUUAGGCUUCAUGAAUCUUUCAUUGCUCAAACAAAUAAGGUAGGGUUUUUUUUCACUGUCCUCAACAAUUCUGUCUUUUCCAACAUGGAAAUGCAGUUUGUUGUUAAUCCUCAUAGAACUAUGUAGUUAUUUGCAUGUAUCACUGUGACAUAAUCACUGAAAUAAUUUUAACAUAUCUUUUACACUGAUUUUACUUUUUAGAGAGGCCAUAGACCAGUUUGUCCUGUCAUUCUUUGUCAUGCCAUACAUUUGGCAUGUAUUAUUGUUUGGUGGCAUUGUUUUACCUCACAGAGUGGGUGGGAGUUGCUGUUGUCAAAGGCAGCCUUGUUCCCCUUCCUGAUUUUUUUAAUCUAUUUCUGGAUUAUUGCAAUUCUUCUUUUAAGAAAGUUUUCAGGGCAUUUCAGAAGAAACUUGCUGAAAAUUUUUACACUGGGGUUCAUGACAACCUGUGCCCCUCUGUUACACCUCUCUAAAUGUUGAAGUUGAUAGCAUUAAAUGGUGCCAAGAGGCACUUACAGAGCAUUUAUCUGUGUAUCCUUUGUCUGUGUUCCUCCUCUUUCCUGCCACGUCAGCUGAGAAAUUGAGCAAAACUUCAUGACACUGUCAGAUGUUACGUGGGACCAACCAAAAAAAGGAUGGUGUCUUCUGUAUGGAGGAGGAAGUAUUGCCUUAGAAAUCUGGAAUGUUUCUGUGGGAGAGCACUGAGUAACUGCAGAAAUAAAUCCCAUGCUCCAGAUACUACCCCUGGUGCUUUUUCAUGGAGAAGGAGGCCAGAGAGUGUUCCAGCACUUUUGUUAGCUGUGUGGAGCCAGGCCAGGGAGGGCACAGGUACAGCAUCCAGUGUGGGGCUUCCCGAGGUUGUUACUGUGCCCUGCUCUUCCUGUCCCCCACCUGGUGUGACAAAGGCAGCAGCUUGUGGCAGUCAUAGUGUCAUCUUUGGGUUGUGAGAGGGAAAUCUGCAGUUCCAUGGCAGGAUGGCUCAGUCCUCAUCCCUGAGGGGAUGGGAGGAAAGGAAGGAGGCAGCAGUAAGGGACAUUCCCAAAUGUGAGGUUUUGGGGUGGAGGUUGUACAGACCAAACAGAUGGUCCUGAAUUGCCACUGCUCUGCGUGGGGUGGUGGGAGAUGAGGGGUAGGGUUAAGGAGCCUGAAAAUUGACACGUUUCCAUCAGUGGGCAUGUGCAAAUGAUGGUUAUGUACAAGUGAAGAGAUGAGUCAUUAAUGUACAAGGAACUGCCUUAGCAGUACCAUGACUAAUUCAGUUGCAAAACUUACUGAGAGAAGAGAAAAGGGUCCAGUUCAAAAUUAAUCAGAUUGUGAUUAAUUUCUAAGUGCAUUAAUCAUCAUUAACAGUGAGGUGCAGGACCAAAUUUUACUUGGUUCUUGCCCUGCAGCCUUGCUGAAGCUUUUUUCAAAUACUGAAGAGAAUGGGAUGGUUACAGAAAAGGUGGAGAUGAUCCAGAAGUUUUCAGUUUAAGCACUGCUGAUGUGUCAGUCCCAGUAGCUGUUGCCUUCAUGUCACACUUGUUCUCCACAGUGCUCUAGGGAGGGGGGAGGGAGCUAAGACUUUGAAUAUUGAUUUUUUUUUUCAAUUCUGUAAGUGCCUUUGUUUCAGAAAUGUUAUGUGAAAUUAAAGACAGUAGAAUAUUGAAUUUAUUAGAUAAUCAUUGUUGCUUUUGUUACAUACUGUAACCUUGCUUUGUAUGUUGUUUGUAGGUUAAGCAUAAGUACUCAAACCAAAUGGCAUAAACUCUAUGCACCUUUGUAAUAAAUUCAGUGUUUGAAGUA